CCAGCUCCAUCCAUGGCAUGAGAUUUUAGAGGCGAAAAUUUUAGCUCACACUCCAACCAAACAAGAAGAAUACAAUUGUCAACAGGUCGAAUCUCUGGGUGUGCUUCCUUAGAUUUAGAGCUGGGGAGGGAGAGGCGUGCAGCAGCAAUAGCAGAUAAGUCUGGCCUAUUCUAAAAUUGGUGAAACUGGAUGCAAUUCCUGCAACACAAAUGAUGGCAUCAAAGAGUGAAAUUUAACUUCGAGGAGAAGUGUGGGUUGUGGAGGGCUUCGAGGGAUGUCUGUAUAAUUCAUUGUACUUGGAUUAGGAAUGUGAACAAACCCUAAAUGUAGAGUAGUGCAGCUGCAGCUUGUUGCAGAGCAUGCAUGGUUCUUGACAAGGACAUGGAGAAGCAAAGAUUGCGUCGUGGAGAUCGGCAGCUCUCCUGACAAGGACGUGAUGCUCAUAUUUCACCAUCGGGCCCAAGCGGGCGUGUAAGAAAAAGCAGAGCACACGGUCUUCGUUUCUGAUAUUGAUGAAGCUCAUGCUCAUGCAGCCGCUCAAGCUCAACCAUCUUCUGCAGUGUUGAGUUGAGUUGAGUUGAGUUGGUGGUGGGUGGGACAGCGAGGAUCGACGAUCAGGCUCAGCUGCAGCUUUGGAACUGGAGCUGCGGCAGCUUUUGCGUAAAUGGAAACUGGAGUGCGAGACAACCCAUGCCCAGGUCCCGUGAUCGCUCCCGAAGGUGGUGCUGCUGAUAAACCUUUGAAGAAGGGUUCAUGGACGUCAGAAGAAGACGCCAUCCUUGUGGCUUAUGUCACCAAGCAUGGAGAGGGCAACUGGAAGAAGGUUCAAAAGUUUGCGGGCAUCAACCGUAGUGCCAAAAGCUGUCGCUUGCGUUGGGCUAAUCAUCUGCGUCCGAACCUCAAGAAGGGAGCUUUCACGCCUGAAGAGGAGCUCACCAUUAUUGAGCUCCAUGCCCAGCUCGGUAACAAGUGGGCGAGAAUGGCUUCGCAGCUGCCGGGUCGGACGGACAAUGAAAUCAAAAACUAUUGGAACUCGUUGAUCAGGAGAACAAUGAGAGCCAGAACGAAAGCUGCUAUCCAGAUAUGUUCGCCCGAGAAGCGUUUGAUGGUUCACGGUCUUAAAAACUUUCAGGAAGGGGAUCAAGGGUUGAGUUCUAGUGGAGAGAGUGAGUGCGAUCCGAGUGCUGGAAAUCUCUUCAAUGUUAAUAUGACAACCGACUUCUCCGACAUGAACGGAAAUGGAGACUGCGAUGUGGAUCUACAGGAUUGUUUGAUGCUGGCGGGGAUGCGAGACCUUCCCCACGAUUAUGAUUCAGCUGCGGAGAUCAUUCGAACUCCCGAGAUGGUACAGCUGCAGCCCAUCAGCGGCCAAAGGGACAUGGUGUAUAAUAUGCACGAAAGUGCUCAGGGUAUGUAUAUGGACGAAAGUUGUAUAUGUGUGCAUGCAGACGAUGAUCUGAUUUCUAUGAACGCUGUGGAUGGGCACGGUCAGGUAGGAAGCAUGCACGAUCAACCUCUAGGACAACAAACUGUACUUUUUCCUCAGGUCUCCCAGGAAAGUAGUGAAGCGAUGCAGUAUUACGAUCCAGACCCCUGUUAUAUAAAUCAACAUGAUGUGCAGCUCGCUCAGUUCGAGUGCUACAAUCCCAACCCAGAAAACCUGUCUAACAUAAUGUCUUGCAAGUUUGAUCCAAUAAUCUCUGCCCAGACACUUCCAUACAGUUUAGACCCUGACAGUCCCGCUCAGAUCAUUCCGUACAAUCCUGAUGCAGAUAACUUCACCCUCUGCAAUUCAGUACCCAAGUAUUCGGAUGCUUACUUGAAUUACGGAGGCGUGAUUCCCGCUGUCUUGUCUAGUGCAGUCUCGCAUGUCGAACGCAGCCUGCCUGCUUUCUUUCCAUCUUGGAAUUGGAACACCUUUCAGUCUUCUGGCUACAAUUGGCCAGACUUAGGUCUCCCAGAUUAGCGUUGAGAAUUCAUUUCUGUUCCUCUCCAACCCAAGCUGCAAUGAUUCAGCUGCAUAUUUUCUAGUACAUAGAUGUGGACUUCGGGGUUCUGCGGACUCGCUACGCUCUAGACUUUGGUAGCGAGAAUGUCUACACGCUUAGAAGCCAUUUCAUAAAUAUAUCCCUGCAAAUGUAUAUAUCAAACCUUGAUCUACAAGUAAUAGGUUAUAUAAAGCCAUCAAGUACAUUGCUUGCACCUAAUAAUUUC